AUGUCAGAGUCACCAAUAGACAUUGCCGGUGACGACUAUUCUGAAAUCGAAGAAUUCGACGAUUUCAUAGAAGACGAUCUUAAUCAACCACCUCCAGUUUCCAACCAAUCUGAACCAGAAGAAACCGAAAUCGAAAUCGAUCGUAUUCGUACCCUCACAACUACCCUAAAACCCCAUGAAUCACAAGCACAAAAACUUCUCAAAGCCCAUAUUGCAGUUUUAGUAUCCGCAUUAGGUGGACCUGAUCAUACUUCCUCCCAAUCCCCUCCCCCUUACAAACUUGGUCAUGAUGCACUUGCAUGUCUUAAAGAUAUCAAACGAUGGAUUAAAGCGGUGGAUGAACGAAGAAAUAAUUAUGAAGUUGCACUUGCGUGUGCUGAAAGUGGAUUGGUUGCGAAUGAUAUUCUUGUGAUUCUUUGUCAAUGGGAUAAACAAAUGUCCAAUAAAGAAAAUAUAAAGAAUAAAACUACGAUGGAAAAGAUUAUGUUGACAUGUCUUGAAUUAUUGGUAUUAUUGACUUGGCCGGUUGAUUUUGGGAAUGAGAUGAGUGAACAACAGAAAUUAUUGUUUGUUGAUCUUAAAAGGACUCAUAUUGUUUAUAAGAAACAUAUAUUGGGAUAUAAUCAAGGACAAGUAUUAAAAGCGGUGAUUAGAUUGGCAUUGCCGGUGAUUGCUAAAUCGAGAAUUGAUCGAGAAGCUAGAGAUAAUCAGAUAUUGAAGUUGGUAUUGUAUUUAAUUAGAAAUAUAAUGGCGAUUGAACCGGCAAGUGUUUCGAUUCUGACUAAAUCAAAUAAACAAGUAGUUGCAACUAAUGAAUUACCUCCCGGUAUAACUCAAGAUGAUAUUUCAUUAAAUAAUGUCCUUUCAGUAUUCAAGAAGAAUAAAGUCUUAAUGUUAUUAUUAACAAUGUCAGGAUCAAUCGGUACAGAAUUCGAUAAGGAUAUAUUCGGAGAAAUUUGUUUAGAAUGUAUUUAUCUCAUGGUUAAAGGAUUGAAAUCAGAAGAUAUCCUCACCAUCAAAAUCCCUCAACCCCAGGCACCUCAACCUCCACCAUCAACCACCACUCCAGACAAUGACAUCACCAACCCAUCCCAACCGCUCGAAUCAAUCACCACCACGGCAGGCCUACAACUCCAAGACCUCCUCCAAACCGAAUCCACCCGCAAGAAAACCCAAACCCAACACAUCUCAACCCGUCAUGGAAGAUUCGGAUCCCUCUUAUCAAUCCGCAGCAAUGGCUCCUCCGAUGCCAAUUCAUACGUCGUAUCAGGUCAAGAAGCACUCAUAAACACCGACACAACAUUAGAGAAAUUGGAUAGAUCCAAGAAAUGGAACCUGAGGAAUUAUUUCAAGUAUGAUUCUGAUGAAUUUGUGAAAUCAAGACAAGGUGAUGUGUAUUUAUCCAGCCAAGGCCAGGCAAUAUUGACGGAAUUUCUUGAGCUGGUAUUAUCUGGAGGAUGUUUUAAUAAUUUGAUUGAGGUGAUGGGGUCGAGGAUGACUUCGGAUGAUGAUAAUCUUGAUGAAUAUUCAAAAGCGAGUUAUUUCUUUACUAUUGCUUGGUUUUUGAAUUAUCAGCGGAAUAGAAUCGAAAGGAAAGCAGAAAGUGAUUAUGGAUCUGUCGGGGCCGCGUUAUCACAAGUGAAUUUUAUACUUAUAAUUGGAUAUUUUAGGGAGUCGUUUUCUAACAAAGCGUGGAAUUCAUUACAUGUUGCCAUGAUUUGUUUUAGGGAACUUCUCCAAAUCUCGAAUUCAAUCUUUGGAAAACAACACCAAGACCAAGAAGACGACAACUCUCAACAAGAAAUCGAUCGUGAAUUAGCAGAAGGGAUAAUGAGGAAAUUAUUCUCCUUUAACGAUUUCCUCAACAUCCUCGUCCAAAUCCCCCAAACCGCAUCCAAACAUUCCCCCGAUUAUCUCAGUGUAUGCAUAUCCACCAUUCAUAUCCUUCUCAAGGCGUUCGAAAGGUUUGCCAAUGAAGAUAUCCACCUCUAUAUCCAAUCCAAACGCAAAAAAUCCCACCGUAAACGCAUUGCCAACGAUCUAAAUCGAGACACCGACAUUCGUCUUCGUGAUGUCAUUGAAGCAAACUCCGACGAAUCCGACUCAGAAUCAGCCACAACAAUUCGUGAAAUCACAAGAGAACGAAAACUAGAUUUCAAAACCACCGAAAUUCGAUUCUUCCAAUCCAGUAUCGUGACAACCUAUAUUGAAUUCUUAUCCCGAUUUGCCGAUCUCCUGCACCGGGAGAUCAAGAUGUGUCUUGGGUAUUUCCAUCGAUUAUUCGUCAUUCAUAAAGAUUUCACCGGGUUAUAUAGAUUGGAUUUCAUGUUAUUAUUACCAAGAUUGAGAAAUCAUUUACCGAGAGGUUCAGGAAUCCGAAUCCAAGUGGAAGAAUUUAUAUAUUAUUUCAUGAAACGGUUUAAAGUUGCAUUAGCGAGAUUUCCUAAUCCGAUAGAAAUUUUGUUUCCCAGGUUUGAGGAUGCUGGGAAUAAGACCUUCCUCGCCACGGGGGAACUCUACUACCAUCCUGAGAAAGAAAGCACUAGUACUCGACAACCAAAGCUUGCCAAACCAUUAGAAUUCGUGCGUGAUAAUUUCUCCCCUGAUGAGAGAGUCAAGAUAUUAAUAUCAGCAUUAUAUGCACAAGACAAACAGACUUUCCUCAAUUGGAUCAUCUCCGAAUUUGAAAGAAUCAUAUCCAUAAGAACCUUAGACUCCAAUGCCAUGGCAGUGAUCAACCCGGGAAAUGUGAACAAACUGUAUAUCCGUCUCUUCAUAAACAAUGCUAAUCUCCGUCUAUUACUCCUGACAAUGGGGUUCGAAUUACCAUUCACAACAUUAGAAUAUCCCGAAUUGCCACCGCUGAUUACAGUUGAUAAAUUUGUUGAAUGGGUGGAAUUGAUUAAGAAGUGGACACAAGCCCAGCCGGUUGAAUUUGACGAUGGAAGACAUCCGCUGUCAUAUUUACGAGUACAUGAAGAAUAUAAUGAUGAGGAGUAUAAUAGCGGCUAUGACGAAGAUGACGAGGGCAUUGCAUUCGAAACAACAACAGGAAGUUCAGAGCGGACUCAGACCGCGGAAGAAUUGGAUAAUUUGGAAGAAUUAGAACGAAGAAUAUCAUCAUCAUCAACAACAUCUCAUGUUGAAAAAGGAAAAGCCAUCCGCAAGAAGAGAUCCAAACCCGCCAAUAAGGCACCCAAGGCUCCAAAACCAGCCAAGAAAUCAUCCGGUGCCACCCAAUCCCGCCGCUCCAAAUCAAUCCAAAAAGCAACCGGAACCUCCACCCCUUCCUAUCGUUCCUCCGAAUUUGUCGGCCUUUCCGACGACGAAAGUGACGAUGAAAAAGACAAAGCAUUCUUCGAACGAGAAGAAAGAUUGAGAAAUAUGUUGAACAACAAUGGAGGAAUCGUGAAUGCGGCCCAAUUGGCUGAAUUUCGAAAAAUGUGGGCGAUGAUGGAAGAGAAUGAUCAUAAUGAUAGUGGAAAUGGAAAGACGGGAGAAGUUGUCAGGAGUGCUAUUGAACGGACUGAGUCUUUGUUUGUGAAUGAUGAUGAUGAUGAUAGUGAUGGAGAUGGAGUUGGUGAAGGGAGUGAGAAUGGUGGGGUGACAUCUUCGCGUACGUCUGAUAAUGAGGUUGAAAGUGGUGAUAAAAGAUUGGCUUCUCAGGUGGAUGGUGAUGACGAGGAAGAAGGAAGAUCAACAAUCAAGAGAAAGCGUUUAAUUAUCGACGAUGAUGAAGAUGAUGAUUAG